AUGCAACAGGAAACGCUUGCUGGCUGAAAAUUGAGAAGACAUGGCAUGCAACGGGUAUUAAGGCCUCGGUGGCAACAUUUUUGAGUCAAUCUCAGCUUGCUUGGCUCAUUACAGUUUUCAGCGCGAGUGUUUUCAGAUUUCGCUACAGGGUUCCGGGUCGCUAAAUAGUCUGAAAUGCCGGUAGAAGUCAAUUUUCAAGCUUAGUAAUGAAGAACCUACAGUAGCACAAAGCUUUAAUGUUGUGAGUGGAUCACUAUUCUGAAAUGAAACCGCGAAAGGGGGAUAACCAAGGUGAAAAGUGUUCAACCAUCAAAGUUGGAAGAGAUUCCGGAAGAGUGAAAGUUUUCGUGCGAGUGCGUCCUCCUCGACCGAAUGAAAACAGUCGGAAAGAUCAGAUUGCUGUGAAUGUUGAAGAGCUCUCCUCGAAGAUCCAUGUCACUGAUCCCAAGCACAGUUGGGAGAAGACUUUUAAUUUUGACCAUGUUUUCCCAAAGGAGGCCACAAAUCCAGAGGUGUGCAGUACCAUAAGCAGACCUCUGGUGAAUGCUGCUUUGAAUGGAUUCAAUGGAACACUCAUGGCGUAUGGACAGACAGGAUCAGGUAAGACCCAUACAUUGAUGGCACCUGAUGGGAUAACAGCUGGUGUGGUUGAAAGAUGCUUCAAACGAAUCACAAAGGAUGAUUAUCAUGAUUACAAGGUAACAAUGUCGUACUUGCAAAUUUACCAGGAGAAAAUAUACGACCUUCUCAACUCAACGAACAAGGUGGAACUUAGCCUGAGAGAACACCCAGUUAAAGGUGUUUAUGUAGAGAAUCUUUCGGAGUUUGUGGUACGAAGCCCCUCAGAAGUGUUACAUCUGUUAGCCGUGGGAAAGAAAAGACUCGUAUUUGCUGAAACUAAGAUGAACAGGAACUCAAGCAGGUCCCAUUCUGUUUGUCAGUUGACGAUUGAAAGAACUCUUAACAAGAAUAAGAUGAACGCAGAGGGAAUUGCUAAACAUGGUGCAAAUGGACGAGAUUCUCGGGAUGAUCUGGUACCGAGUAAGAACAGCAGUGAGGAUUCAGGGGAAGAUUUAGAUGCUGAGGCUAGCGAAGAGAAUGAAGACGCGGAAGACGAUUCGUUCGCCAAAAUGGUGGCCUUCGAUGAUGAUGUGCUUAUCAGAGGACGAAUUUAUUUGUGCGACUUAGCCGGUAGUGAGCGACUCAAGAAAACCCAGGCGGAGGGAGAAAGACUAAGUGAAGCUCAACAUAUUAACUUGUCGCUGCUUGAGUUGGGAAAUGUCAUCCAGGCACUGGCAGAAGGGAAGAAGACUCAUGUUCCAUUCCGGAAUUCUACUCUAACAAGGCUCCUUCAGGAAAGUUUGGGUGGAAACUGCAAAACCAGUUUAGUAGUGUGUGUCUCUCCAACCAUGAGUGACGUUAGUGAGACUAAAAGUACUUUGUUUUUUGGAUCCCGAGCAAUGAAGAUCACAAAUACUGCUUACAUUAACGUUGAGGUUGAUUACAAGAGACUUAGUGAAGAUCUCUCGAAAAUUGUGGAUAAGAGAGAAAAAGAUCUUGAGGAUCUAAAGCAAACAUUCGAAAACAGGAUAGACCGACUUAAACACGAGGCGGAGAUGACAGUGACAAAUACCAUAGCAGAGGCCGACAGAGUGGUGGCAUCUGUAAAGAGUCUCUACGAAAAGGAGAAAUCUAGUUUGGAGAGCGACGUCAAAAAUCUCAACUCCAGAUUAGACGAAGAGAAAACGCAAACAGAAAACCUACAAAGUCAGAUAACAAAGGCAAAAGGCAAACUACAAGAAGACAUGCUCAGAGCAAGAAGCACUCUUCUGGCAGAUAUUAUCUCUAUGCAGCUGUUUUACACACUGAGGGAUCUGCCCUUAGACUUUGGUCAUCACCUCUCGGAAAACGACAUAAGUCUCAAGGAUAUCUGUGCCCAAUGGGCUGAAACAAAAUGCAAAAUUCUGGAAAACACAGACUUGCUUUUAGACCUGCUUAAAAGUUAUUUGAAUGAGAUGAAUUCUAAAGGAGAAAAAAUAUUGGAGGAUGGUGGAAGUCUGAAUUGUUUGGUUGGAUGUGAAGAAUUGUUAAAUGCCGAUAAAAGAUUGUUGAGUGCCUCUGAAGAAGUUUCAUUGUACAUGACGAAUAAAACUGAUGAUGACAAGGUUGUUGCAUCGACAGGUUUUUGCGAAAUUCUUCCGUAUUCCAAAACGAGUACCGAAAGCUCUAUCCUAUCGACUGAGCAAAAUUUUGGAGAUGGCGAAGAGAGUUCCAAUAUUAGGGACAAGCUGGUUUCACUUAAGAAAUCUAUGGACGACAAAGCGCUAGGUUUCCUAACGAAGGUAUUUGAGCUUGAUGUAGGAAAUGAAAGCACACCACUAAACACGAGGCAAGACAUUUACGGAAGGAUUCAAGAAUUGUUAAAGCAAGAAGGCACACUGCUAGAUUUUAAAGAGAAUGCAGAACUAUCACAUGUUGCUGACGCACUCAGCCUUCUUGACCACUGUCACAGUCACGUGAUCGUAGAUAAAGCGCUACAAGGCGCCUUGUUGGUUUUGGAAAACAAUGAUGUCAUCAAGAGGUGUAACGUCAUCCAAAAGCAGAAAGACGUCUUGCAAGACGAAAACGAAACGCUGCGGAAACAGAUCCAGAUUCUGCAGAAAGAGGCUGAGAAGCUGAACGGAAAACUAAACGAGACUUCGACUUCGUUAUGUGAUGUAAAGAAGAGUAAGGAACGACUAGAGGAUGAUCUCUCUUCGGUUUUUCAGCUUUACAAUAUGACGAACACUGAGCGAAAAGUAAACAUGGGAAACGACGAGAACUUAGACAGGAGCACCAUUCUGCAGGAAAAUGUCACAACUCUGUUGGAAAACAACGCCAAACUACAAGAGAAGCUCGAACUGUCGGAGAACGACAAAGAAAACUUGAAAUCUGAGUUAACGUCUGUUAAGGAAGAAUUAAAGAAACUAAAGGACGCAUAUUUGCAAAGUGAAAGGGGUACACAAACAGAUUUGGUCGAUCCAUAUGAAUUCACGAAUCCCCUUCUGCAAGAUCAGACAAAGGAAUUUCCAGACCGCGAUGGAGUAAUUCAAGCGAUUUUGUCCUCACUGUAUGACGACCAAUCUUGGUCGCUGGAAAAGGCGGCUUUUGCAGCCCAGUCAAACAACGUGGAUGAUGUUUCUUCUCUGAGAGCUGUUAUCAACCAUCGCCUCGGAGAAGAAUGGUCCCUUGCCAUCCUUGAAAACGCCAGAAUGAAAUCAGAGCUCGAUGACAUUCUGGGUAGAAUCAAUGAAGAGAAGAGAAAUCUUGCCAGCGAGUUGGCAGAUUCGAAAUUCCAAGCGGAUGAGGUGAACAGUAUGAAAGAACAGUUGAACGCAAAAGGCGAAGAUUUUGCAGAUGGACUUAGAGUUCUGAUGGAUGAAAACUCUUGGGAAAGUAUUGUCAAAGAAAAGUUGGAUGAACUGUCCAUAGUUCGUCAAGAGAAUGAGAAGCUUAUGAACGAAUUGGAUUCUUUGAAAAGAAAGUACAGUGAUCCAGAGAAAGAUAAAGAAAAUGCUAACAAGAUGCAUGAAAAAGAACUUGAGGACCUCUUCGAGAGAGAGAAGCAACUAACUACAAACAUAACGCAAAUGAACGAAAGGUGCUCAUCUUUAGAAGAACAAUUAAGUCGCUCUGCCUUGGAAAAUAUUAAAUUGAAAGAGCAACUAAGGAAGUUGAACAUGGAAGUAAGUGACGUUCGACAAGAGAAAGCUGAAUUAACUGAUCAGAAAAUUGCUCUGGAGGAAAGCUUGCAAGAACAGCAAGAGAAUGCCAAGCGCGAAAUUGCCGCGGUAAUGGAAGGGAAGGCGACUCUUGAGAGGCAGUUACAAGCAAAAACGCAAGAAUUCGAGGAAGGAAAAACGUUAUUGAAGUUGAAAGAUGCUCGGUUGAGCAAAGUGGAAGCAGAACUCUUGGAGACCAAAGCUUAUUAUGAGGAGCUACUUCAGGAAAAGUUAGACGAGUUCGAGGUGGAUAAACAGAAUAUGAUGAAAGAGAUCAACAGUCUAAGAUGUUUGCAGGGACUGCCAGCGUUAAAAAAAGACAGCUUACAAUCAAAGCAAGAGGUUAAGGAUGGCUUAAAAAAUGGAGACAAUCGGGUAAAGAGCAAGAAAAACAACAAACUUAACUCCGAGCUUACGCGCGCCAAAGAACAACUUGUGCGCCUUAAAGCGGAGCUCACACUGUCGAAUAUGCAAACAAGAAAUCUCGGUUCUCAAUUAUCGUCACUGCGCGAAGAUAGCACGAAGCUUGAGGCAGAGCUUUCGACGGUACGAGUUUCUCCGAGGAAUUCCGGACAACGAAGAGCUUCGUUCAGCUGUUACGAAGAAACAGUGCGGCUGGAGAUGGAGCUAGCGGAGGCGAAGGAGAGGAUCAUUGACUUGCAGGAAAAACUGUUGAUUAUUUACAAGGAGAAGUUUGCUCUGGAAGAGAAGAUAAGUAGUUUGGAAGGGCAAAGAAACGGCCAUUCGGAAAAUGGCGAGAGGCCUUAUUCAGCUAACAAUGACCAAGAACCAUUCUGUGACUUAGAGAAAACAAAAGAAUUGGAGAGCAAGAUUGGCCUAUUAGAGGCUGAGAAAGAACGGCUUCAAAGAGAACUUGACGAUACAAACGCUGAUAAAUCUCGAUUAGAGAGUAUUGAACACUGCGUACAGCAGUUAGUAAGCCUUGAAGACGAACAUUUGAGAGUGAAAGACAGAUUGAAAAAAUGGGCUAAAAAUUCCAAAGACGAAAAACAGUUAAACGAGACAAAAAUAAACGUAAAAAAAAUCACAGAGAAAAGCUACCUCAAUGAAUUAAGAGCCAUAUCCGGAGAAAAUCUUGUUCUUCAAGAGGAAGUCAAUAGUUUGAAGGAGACAAUCGCACAACUUGAAAGCGAUUUGGAAGCUUUGAAGUUUAAGCUUUCCUUCACAGAUGCAACACAAGACGUUUCUUUGGACAAGAAAACUGUUGCAACGCUACUCGUGUCAGUAAAACAAGAACGGGCCGAGUUACAGGCGGCUUUAAAUGAGGUGCUUAUCGAGAAGGAUAAUUUAGAUGAAGAAUUGACUGAAAUAAAAGUGAAGUAUGCAAAUCUUCAAAGGGAAUUUGCCAUGACAAGUAUAGUAAAGGAUGAUUUGGAGCUGGAGGUUCUUUCUUUGAAGAAAGCUAGCUUGACACGUGGACUUUCCAACUUGACACAAAGCAGUGAGGAGUGUAAAAGCGAAAUGUCUGAUUCGUCACUAGAUGACAAACUGAUGAAUCGCAGCGAUGGAAACGGAGUCGGAGAAUCCAUGGAUAAAAAGAUAGCAUCGGCCGGCGGUGGAAGAAAGAGAGCCCCUGCAGUUAACAGUCGAAAAACGAUGAUCACAAAGAAUCUCAAAGCUGGGAACGACUCGUCAUCCUCUGGAAAGAGCACAUCAAGUUCCUCUCCAAAGAAUGAAAAGAAGACAUCCCUACAAAGGCCAAACACUCUAACGAGUCUACCACUGUCGCCGAAGAAGUCAGCUGGAAGGCGCACGAAGUCAUUAGAAUCCAGUGGAGAGAAACCAAGAGGUAGAACGCCGAGGUCAAUCACAGAUGACAACCAGUCGACGAACGACAACCCAAAUCACCUUGCAAUAAGCUAUGACCUGAUAAAGAUUGAUGACGUAGGUAGUGAGGCAUGCGCACUGCACGGUGCCACGGACGGUAUUGAAAGCGGACUUUUACGAAAAACGCCUGAGGGACAACGACUAAAUCCCGAGGGUAUGGAACAUGACAAUGAACCUUGUUUCAACAUAGACGACACUGGGCAUGUUGAGAUUGACGCCCACCAGGGUGCAAUUAAGGGUAUUUCUGAGACACUCUCUACACUGUCACAGUCGACUGAAGUGCUUGUAAAGACUGCAUGGUCUCUGAAAAACUUUUUUCGGCGGCAGCAGUCACCACCUAUCCCUGAUCAUAAAAUUGACGCUCUUACACAGUAGAUCAACUCGAACCUUUACGGACCCGUCAUUGUUUGACACCUGGGUGGAUGGGUGGGUGGAUGACAUGAUUUUCAAGGGGGGAUGGAGGAGGAUCAGUCAAUGCUAACAGAGUAUAAAGAAGGGACUACCAAUAAUUGACAGCCAAUGAGGGGAAACCACGAGAACAUCACAGCACCUUAUGUAGGGAUCAGGUUAAUAUUAGUGACACAACCAAACUUCUCCAGUCCUCACCAAGCGACCAUUCCCUAACUUAACUCUAACCUAUCUUCAUGGAAGAAUGCUGUGCAGAAAAAUACUAAUGGGGUUUUGAUCGAUGACUUAAUCAAAAUUCAUCAAAUGUGACAUUUAAAUGAGAGGUUCUUUUAACCUCAAUCUGCCACUUGAAAAUUACAGGCUCAAAACCAGAAAUUCACAAACCUUUCCAGAUGGAAAUAAUGCAGCAUUUUCAUGUCAUGGCUAAUACCUUAUCUAGGUCCUUCCUUUUUUGUUGUUGUUGUUGGAACGAAAUUUUACGGCUCAAGAUGACGGACAAUUCUGCUGGAAACUAAUUUUUGUGACUUUCUGCACAAGCAGCAGAACAUAAAUUUGAGGGAAUAUAAUAUUUAAAUUUUCAUUACUUGAGUGGGGGGUUGGUUUGACUUAUUUUUGUGUUUGUGGGAGAAGGGAAAACCACAAAAACCAAAUUUGAAACUUGUAAACAUCCCAUGCAACAAAUGUACAACUCAAAUCUUUUAGACAGAGGAUUAUUGUUCAGUGCAUUAAAGUU